ACCCUGCCUCAAUCGUGAAACUAUGUCCGAGUGUCCGGCUCCGAGUCCAGCUGCAGCGGCUCUGGCGGAUGGGAAGUUGUGAGUCACAUCAGGAGGACGCGCAACUUUUAUAGACUUUCAAGUUCGCAGCUUGCGAGUAACCAGCAGCGCUCAGUUUCGAGUCCUCUGACUCUUGGAUUGCGCGUCUGUAGAGCUGUGGCAUCAGCCCACCGCGUGUUUCAGGUUCGGUGCCGUACAGGGCGUCUCUUAUCGAGGAGGAUAUGGUAAUUCCAUUAAGAACAUGUUUGUGGUGUUUGCGGUUUGCAAUGGAGAAUAAAUAAAAAAAGGACGGUUAUCGGGGAUUAACUGAGAGCACAGAAGCAGAAUGCAGGGGAGGGAUCUACAGAGCAUGUGCAGAAGGGUGCUGCUCCUGACCAUCUGUAUGGUGUCUCUCUUGGGACAACUGACCAGCGCAUCAUCACACCGAAGCCACAUAGUACACGUGAAAGCUGGAACCUGUGAGGUAAUUGCUGCACACCGAUGCUGCAACAAGAACAAGAUCGAAGAGAGAUCCCAGACUGUCAAAUGCUCCUGCUUCCCUGGACAGGUGGCAGGAACAACGAGAGCAGCUCCAUCUUGUGUAGACGCAUCAAUAGUUGCACAGAAGUGGUGGUGCCAGAUGCAUCCUUGCAUGGAUGGAGAAGAGUGUAAAGUGCUACCAGAUCUGAAAGGAUGGAGCUGCAGUACAGGAAACAAAGUUAAGACUACAAAGGUUACUCGAUAGUCAUAUUUUUCCUGGAUAGAUAUUUGGAACCAAGAUGUUUCUUUGACCAACACAAGUAGGACGUUUUGGAUACCAUGGGAUUUAUAGACUGGCAAAAACCAGGGACCAACACAGACAUUAGUUUGGGACAUUCCAGUGAACAAAAAGAGGAAAAAAUAUUAGAAAAUUCAUAUGAGACUGCAAUGCCAAACAGAUUCUUGACUUUUUGUCUAGCAUCAAAAGUAGCUUUCUUUCAACUCUGCUGCCCACCAAAUCUCUCUUUGUAUUAUACUUCUAAUCCAAUGGACUUGAAAACUCAACCAUGGUGAUAUUUAUUGACUUGAAGACUGGAUUAGACCCUGAAAAACCCACCCUAAAACAUGUGAUGUGAAAUUUUGUGUCAUGUUCUUGCCAGAAGGAGCAUUGGGACUCUUGAUGCAUAUCUCUGUGGAGGCUUUUAUGAGGUCAUAAGCAUUUUUGAUUC